AUGGGGAUGGUUGGUCGUAUGGCGUGGCCGGGAAUUGUCGCAAGCGCUGCAGCACCAAACUGGCCCGACACAAAUGACAUCUCCGCUGUCGCCGCAAGCGAGCACACACGUCAGGGAAGCCACCAAUGCCACGAGCAGGACAAUGUCUGUGUAAAAGUACACAACGCCUCGCCAGUACUCGUGCGGGUGCGCCAAGCACGCCUCGAGUCCGUUCGCGUCAAAUACGAGCCACAACGCCAAGGCGGAUUCAAACCCGAUGCAGUACCCCCAUUGAGUCCACGUUAUCGAGUCGCGGACGACUGCCACGUGCAUGGACGCUGCCGCGAUACCAAUCGUCGCUCCAAGGGCACACAGUCCAGCCUGCCAUAA